AUGACAGGUACAUAUGGAGAGCACGUCACCCACGAGGAAAUUAGCGAAGAGUAUUCUCUUGCCUUUCAAUUUGCCACCUUUUUACUUCUGCUCAUGAUCGCCAUCAUCCUUUGCAACCAUGUGACGUACAAGCUUCAUUGGCAUUAUCUCCCAGAGGCUGCUGCGACCAUUGGUGUUGGGAUCCUAGCCAGCAUCUUUUGCAUGCUUAUGAACUCGAGUACGAUCGCAGUGAAACUCAUGGACUUUGAUCCCAACUUUUUUUUUGUUGGACUGUUGCCCCCAAUCAUCUUUAAUUCAGGCUAUACUAUGAAACGCCGUUACUUUUUUGAAAACAUCACACCAAUUCUCGUUUUUUCGAUCGUUGGUACGCUCGUCAUGAGCGUAGUCACGGGCAUAAGCAUUUAUACUGUUGGCCGCUUUGGCUGGGUCUUACGACUCUCAAUGGCAGAGGCCUUAACCUUUGGCUCUCUUAUCUCCGCUACAGACGCCGUCUCAAUUCUAGCUGUAUUUCAAGAACUUCACGUUGAUCCGACACUAUUUUACUUGGUAUUUGGGGAGAGUUCGCUCAACGAUGCGGUAGCCAUCUGCCUUUUUGAGACGUUUGCUCGUUUCAUUGGGCAUUCGUACGAAUUUCAGCCCAUGUUGUAUGCCAUAUUUGAGUUUGGAUUGGUGCUCACAGGCUCUACAAUGGUUGGUGUUAUUUUCGGCAUGAUUCCGGCAUUGCUUUUCAAAUAUGGAAACUUGCGCAGUAACUUAUUGCACGAAGUAGGCGUCUUUGUCAUGUUCGCGUACCUCCCAUUUGUUGUGUCUCAAGUCUUAGGAAUGUCAGGGGUCGUGUCGGUCAUAUUCGCUGGUGUCUCGAUGAAGCACUAUGCAUCGCCAAAUUUGACCCCGGAAGCUCGCGAUGUAUGCGCGGGACUUUUCAACACGCUUUCUCACAUGGCUGAGACGUCAGUGUUUUUGAAUCUGGGGCUGUCAGCGUUCGGCUUAACGGAAUAUUAUCGAUUUUGGCUUAUCUUUUGGAUGGCAACUUUCUGCUUGUUUUCUCGCUUCUGUGCUGUAUACCCACUUUCCUACCUAUUAAAUCUGCGCAAAAAUGCCGCGAAGAUAACACUGAAUCAGCAGCAUGUGAUCUGGUACGGUGGGAUGCGCGGUGCUGUAGCUUUUGCAUUAUCCAAGUCGUUUCCAGGCGAAAAACGUCCUGAAAUUGUUGCUACUACACUAAUUGUUGUGCUCUUAUCAAUCAUCAUCAUGGGCGGUGGUACUGUUGCAGUGCUUGAUAAGUGUCGCAUUCCACGAUUGACGGCCGAGGAAGAGGCAGCGUUAGACAAAACAGUGAAGCCUCAUCGGCAUAUGCGAGCGCUGCAAUUUGACAACAAAUAUCUCAUUCCAUUGCUUACAAAUUUGUGUCAAUACGGCGACAAUUCUAGUCCGCGCAAAAAAGGCUUUGGUCAGGAUAGUAACACCAGCAAUGUGGAUACCGCUGACGAGCACGAAACGGCUGAAGUUGGCGGAGAGCAUAAAAUAACCUAUAGGAAAACGCAGAAUAUGAGAAUAGGAACAUAA